AAUCAUUCAGCAACAAUUUCGCGACAGCUUCAAAGUUUCGACGUGCAACGUAAUAACGUCAUAAAGCAAUCUAGACGCAGAAUUUGAACGAUAGCAUCAUCAGCACGCAGCAUUUAUCAAAUCAGGUUUGGCUUGUUGCUCCGUUGCCUUUCAUGUGAGCUGCUGCGUUUAUUUAAGACAUCCUGCUUUGAAUAGUUUUCUUUUUGUGUUACACGUAUCCACUAUCAACGAACCGUACAGCAUGGACUUUUCGACCUUAUUGUCCUGUAUUCUGCUAAUAACAGCGAUGAUGAGUAUUUGUGAUGCCCACGAGUGUUACGUUUGUUCCAACCAGACCGGCAACACCGCAAAAUGCUUAAACACGGUGAAGAUCUGUGAGCAAGGCGAAGACGCCUGCCUUACCGAGAUCAGGUGGGGCAGCAUGCCGUACUUUUCGCUGGGCGCUCAGAAACAGUUCUACGUAUCGAAGCGUUGCGCUAAGAAGGAGAUAUGUCAGCGCAUCCGCACAAAGCACAUGCCGUACUGUACGCAUAUUUGGUACGAAGACUGGACCUGUUCGGCGUGCUGUUUGGGCGAUCGAUGUAAUUAUUACGUCAUCAGCGACGCUACGCAUUCGAUAUCGUUCUCGUUGAAGCUGUUUGCUGCGUCCUUAGCCACGCUCUUUGUCCGCAAUGCUUUGCAAACGUGAGCAAAAGAAAGACCGGUAGAACGAAUAUAGUAGAGCACGAGGGAUAACACAUGUGCCUUCAGCAAUACAACGCCUGCUAAUGGGAAAUCUAUUCUAACAUUCACAACAUUUCUGCUUACACGAAUCCGUCCAAUGCCGAUGUAGUAUCAUAUCAACAGCAUUCAUGUAAAUCGCAGUAUUAGAUUAAGUGAAAUUUUAUUUUUAUAUUUGUAUUACCAUCGUACUCUUACCAUUCCAUCCAACGUUGAAUUAAUUAAAAAGCAAUUAUGUAACAACAUGAACAAAAUGAAAUCGAAACGAAUCUCGAAGCCAAACGAUGUAGCGAACAGCUAGGUCUAAGUGUUCGUUAAGAGCUGAAAACUGAGAGUACAAUAUUUACACGAAAUCAAAAACUGGUUGCCUUUGUAGAUCCUUCUAUUUUAUGAGCUGUCUCUUGAUGUCGCAUGGUGGAACUUGGUUUCUCUCAUACAUUGUAUUCUUGCUUUAUUCCAUUUUAAGAUAGUGACUAGAUUUACAGAGAAGAAAAUGACCUCUUCUAUUAACUUUUAAGUUUUUGAAGGCAGAUCGACCCCAUCAACAGAACUUGUUUAUUAAUGUGAACGAUACAAUCUCAAACAGAUUUUUUAUAUAAAGCAUGUAUUCAAAGAACAAAUACACAACCUACGCAUAUUGCGAAGGCAAGAAGGUUUACAUAGUUUCAUGUCCUUGAAAACAGUCACGAUGUCAUAGCAAUCGUUUACACAGCACAAAAUGAAGUGUCACUUGCAGCACCGAAUGGUGUCCGUAAAGGGUGGAUGCUGAACCAAGUGGCUGAAUGAGAUAGAUUUAUGAAAAAUACAAAUCCGUGGUGCAAGAAAAAAGAAGACGCCUUAUAAACAGUCCUAAAAACAAUUAAACACUAUUGAGCAAUCGCCUAAGACCACAUACAAACUGGCUGUGGCGGCUAUAUGCUCAAUGAGCUAUACCGCUGCUUAGGAGUGCAGGGUCUAGCCGUUUUUUUCAAUUACUUCUUAUAGAGCCGACCUUGACGCUGGACUUCGGUGCAGUAAAAUCAUUAAUCAUGAACGACAGCGAGUCGCGUCGCGCUAAAUGACGAUUUUGUAUCUGUUGUAUCCGUUUUCGGUCGGUCAUUAGCGAGCGGCAAAAUGUGUUGGUAGAGCACCCACCGCUCUGCGGGUGUAAGUAGCAAUUAAAUGUAAAUAAAUACAAACAGA